AUCAUAUGAAUCUGGGUGUUUUUUCUAUCCAAAAAUUUAUUCAUAUCAUGAUCAUUCGUUACAUGCGAAAAUUAUUGUGAGCAAACAGAAAAAAAAUGGAAAGAAAAAUUGCCAAAAUCUGUAAAGAAACGCUAUCAUCGGAAUCAAAAUUAGGUAUCAUUGUUGCCGAUACGAAUGGUCUUUGUCUGGCUACCGAUGGUUGUGGUGAUAAAAAUUUGGCUCCAACAUUACUUAAAAUAAUUCAAUCGGCUAAUAAAUUGGAUGAAACUAAACAGGAAUCAAUGGCCAUUAGAAUAGAUUGUGUCGAUCAUUAUAUCAAUGUAAAACAUCAUAAUAAUGUUAUUGCAGCCGUUUAUAAUCAUUAUUGAUAAUGUGAUUUAUUUAUUAAUUUUUUCAAAA